AUGACCCAUCGGUUGGGUUCGUUGUGUGACGAACAUUAUCCUCCUCCCAGGAGUAUACAACAGUCUGCUCAUGUCAAGUCCAUGGAGGAGUAUCGCCUUUUAUAUGAGGAAUCCAUAUCUCAGCCAGAGAAGUUCUGGAAGAAAUUGGCUGAGAAUCUCUAUUUCAAGGAUCCACCUGGGUCAGGGGAAGACUUCCUCAACUAUAACUUUGAUGCCAAUGCUGGACCAAUAUCCAUUCAGUGGAUGAGGACAAGCUCCACAAACAUUUGCUACAAUGCUCUGGACUACAAUGUUGAAAAAGGACUGGGAGACAAGGUUGCUUUUUAUUGGGAGGGAAACCACCCAAAUGAUGAGGCAAGUAUCACCUACCAAGCACUCCUUGAAGAGGUGUGCAAGUUCUCCAAUGUUCUCCUGAAACUUGGUGUGAAGAAGGGUGACAAGGUCGCCAUCUGCCUUCCAAUGGUGGUGGAACUUGUUAUUGCAAUGCUGGCUUGUACCAGAAUUGGAGCUAUUCAUUCCAUUGUUUUUGGUGGCUUUUCAGCUGGAUCUCUUGCAGAAAGGAUAACUGAUGCCAAAUGCACCAUUAUAAUCACAGCUGAUGGUGUUUGGAGGGGAAAGAAGCUCAUCCAUUUGAAAGCAAUAGUUGAUGAUGCAAUUGAGAGAUGUGUGAAAGCUGGUUUUCCUGUGAAUCAAUGUGUAGUUCUGAAGCACCUUCCAAGGGUCACAUCUGCUGUGGAUGUGGGCGUUGGUAAUGACAUCUCUCAGGUGGGAUGGAAACAAGAUCGUGACUUGUGGUGGCAUGAUAUCAUGAAAGAUGCCAGUCCAAAGUGCCCUGUGGAGUGGAUAAAUGGGGAAGAUCCAUUGUUCAUGCUCUUCACAAGUGGCUCCACUGGGAAGCCCAAGGGUGUUAUGCAUACCCUUGCUGGCUACAUGCUGUAUUCCUGGGCAACUUUCAAGUACUCCUUUGAUUAUCAGGAGGAUGAUGUCUUUUGGUGCACUGCUGACAUUGGCUGGAUUACAGGGCACACAUAUGUUACCUAUGGACCACUUUUGAAUGGAAGCACUUCUGUGUUGUUUGAAGGUGUUCCUUAUUACCCUGAUCCUGGAAGGUUUUGGGCUGUCAUUGACAAGUACAAAGUAAGCAAGUUUUACACUUCUCCCACUGCUAUUCGUACCUUGAUGAAGCAUGGGGAGGCAGAAGUGCGAAAAUAUUCAAGAUCCAGCCUUAAAAUUCUUGCAACAGUUGGUGAGCCCAUCAACCCAGAGGCAUGGCAUUGGUACAACCAUGUUGUAGGGGAAGACAGGUGUCCUAUUGUGGAUACUUUCUGGCAGACAGAGACUGGUGGUCAUGUCAUCACACCUCUUCCUGGAGCCACUGUCACCAAACCAGGAUCUGCUACAUUCCCUUUCUUUGGAGUUGUACCAGCCAUCCUUGAUGAUAAUGGUGCUGAAUUGAGUGGAGAAUGUGAAGGCUUUCUUGUGUUCAAGAAGCCCUGGCCAGGAAUCAUGCGCACAGUGUAUGGGGAUCAUGAACGCUUUGAGCGAACAUAUUUCCGGAAGUUCCCUGGGUACUACUGUACUGGAGAUGGUGCAAGAAGAGACAAGGAUGGAUACAUUUGGGUGACAGGACGCAUUGAUGAUAUGCUGAAUGUGUCUGGCCACCUCCUGUCAACAGCAGAGGUAGAAUCUGCUUUGGUGGAAGACCCUUGUGUGGCAGAAGCAGCUGCUGUUGCUCAUCCUCACCCAAUCAAGGGUGAAUGUCUCUACUGCUUUGUCACACCUGUUGAUGGCAUACCUUACACAGAUAAACUCGAGAAGGAGCUUCGUGACAAAGUGAGGGAGAAAAUUGGCCCAUUUGCUGUUCCUGAUUAUCUGCAGUAUGCACCAAGCUUACCAAAGACAAGAUCAGGCAAGAUCAUGCGUCGCAUCCUCCGAAAGAUCGCCCAAAGUGAUCCUGACCUGGGGGAUACCAGCACACUUGCUGAUGAGUCCAUUGUGGUGCUUUUGCAGAAGAAUAGGGUAGCCACAGCUUAGAUGCCAUCCUCUGUGGCAUUUGUAGUACCAGUCAUACUGAACUGAAAGGAGGUACUGGUACUGCAAAUUCCUAGUGGUGACGUGCAUAUUGUACUCUUAGUGCCUAGGGCACAUUAUGCCACAAUGCUUUACUUUGUUGGGUUCAUAGAAUGCAUUCCGGGAACCUUUCUUCAACUGCUCCCUGAGCCCAUAGUUAUUUAUAAUAUGUGGCUUUUCUCUCUUCCUAGGUAUACUUCGUGGUUUCUAAUCUUGAAUUCAUUCCCACAAGUUCUUAUCCAAUGAAUAAGUUUCAUUUCGUCAUGUGAAGAUAUCAUCUCAAAUCGAAUUGUUCAAUGUUUCUAGGCUUGCUGAUAGUGCAUGGUGUUUAACCAUUCUGAGUACAUGCUUAUUUGGCUCUAGGAAGGGAUUUUCCACUUUACAUGUCAUUCUCAAGAAGGCCUGAGAGCCUAAAAGAAUCUUUAGGAUUUUCCAUUUUUCUAUUUAUUAAUUUUUUUUAUAACUAGCCUCAUUCUGUAGAAUUCAAUGAAUUAAAAUUCCAUGUCAGCUUUAAGCUUUCAUACUAAGCCACUCCCUUGCACGAUGUGUGCAUUAGUCAACAGUUAAUUUGGGUAUGUUUCUAUGUCAGCUUGUCAGCUUUAAUCAUUUUUGUAAAUCAAUUUUAUUCAAUCCAGUGUAGCUAUGUAGCCCAAGUUUUCCUGCCAAGGAUUUGCAGUGCCAUUUUGACUUCAUUGCAAUGGUGUUUGGUAUUCUUGUUUUAUAUGAACUAAUGUCAUAAUGUUCAGUAUCAUUCCAUUGCAUGAACCCCAGAAAGGGACCUAUGCUGUUUAUUCUUGUCCCAGGAAAAGCUGGUGAGGGUAUCUAGUCCAUUUUGGGGUCAUAAAUGCAGGACAUGUCUGCAUGUAUCAUAUUAACAUAGGUGUCUGCAUGGCAACCAAUGAGCUGAUCUUAGAUCAGGAAACACCUGGAGUCUCUCCUGAGGGCAACCAGAUUGCACAAAACUGUGAAUCAUGACCUCAGUUCAUGGCAUCAUGUUCCUGUAUGACAUUGUUGAAUGAUUGGGUGAAUCAUUGAAUGAAUGGCCAAUCAACCUACAAACACAUUGCAUUGUAUUACAUUGUACCUUUUACUUUGCUUUGUUUCUUUGCCCUGAGUG